GCUGGACUUACGAGACGCACAGGACUGAAAUUUUUCGUUUUAACCAUUGACAAUUGGGAUUGUUGUCUACGUUUUCGGUAAUCGAUGUUCAAUGUGAUGGCGAUUGAUUAGAUUAUAUAGAUCCCAAACUCGUACUGGAAUGUGGAAACAAAACAUGAUCUGUCUCACUAGUAAUCCAGUUCUAUCGCUUCAUGACAAAUGACAACGACGGAUUUGAAAUUGACAUAUCCACCUGUCCGCCAUCUUUCUGUAAAAGUUGCCGAGCGAAAAAGAACACGCGGUCUCCAGUGAAAAAGAAAUUGUAAUAAAAUGGCGCCCCGCUAUGAAAUAGCUGUUGGUCUACAAAGGGGCCACAAGACCACCAAAAUAUCCGAGAAGAACACUCCCAACAAGAUUCGUCCCGCCAGGUUGAAGGGGAUCCAAACAAAACACACAAAAUUCGUUAGAGACCUGAUUCGUGAAGUGGUGGGACAUGCUCCCUAUGAGAAGAGAGCCAUGGAAUUGUUGAAGGUCUCCAAAGAUAAGAGGGCCCUGAAAUUCUUGAAGAGGCGUUUGGGAACACACAUCCGUGCCAAGAGGAAGCGUGAAGAGCUGUCCAACAUCUUGACACAGAUGCGUAAAGCACAAGCUACACAUAAGUAGAUCUUGUAUGUAACUUUUUCUAUUUGGUAAAUACAUUGUUAAGGUACAUGCUUGUUUCAUUUCAACAUCAUUUCUUGUUCUAUAUUGAACAACUUACAAAAUAUAAUGGUAGGUUUAGGAAGCUUUAGAUACUGGUAUUCUGUGAGGUUUCUACAGUUAAAUGAAAAGGCAGUUGAGGACAUCAGAAGUUUUUU